AUGAAGCUAUUGAAGGCUGGAGUGAUUUAUCCAAUAUCAGAUAGUGCAUGGGUCAGCCCUGUACAUGUCGUGCCAAAGAAAGGAGGGAUCACAGUCAUCAAGAAUGAACAUGAUGAGCUCAUUCCAACAAGAACAAUCACAGGACACAGAAUGUGUGUCGACUACAGGAAGCUGAACUCCUCCACGCGCAAGGACCACUACCCCUUGCCAUUCAUAGACCAGAUGCUUGAGCGCCUUGCCAAUCAUCAAUACUACUGUUUCUUGGAUGGAUACUCAGGAUUUUUCCAAAUUCCAAUCCACCCAGAUGAUCAGGAGAAGACUACCUUCACUUGUCCCUAUGGCACAUAUGCUUAUAGGAGAAUGCCUUUUGGAUUGUGCAAUGCUCCAGCUACAUUCCAAAGGUGUAUGAUGUCCAUAUUCACAGAUCUAAUAGAAGAGAUUAUGGAGGUUUUCAUGGAUGAUUUCUCAGUAUAUGGUUCUUCCUUUGAAUCAUGUUUGGGGAAUCUUGGAAGAGUGCUACAGAGAUGUGAAGACAAGCACCUAGUUCUAAAUUGGGAGAAGUGCCACUUUAUGGUUAGAGAUGGAAUAGUGCUUGGACAUAGAAUCUCAGAGAGAGGCAUAGAAGUUGAUAAGGCCAAGAUUGAAGUAUGA